UAUAGUAUGGUUAAUAUUCCAUUAAUCAAGGCCCCUAUUUCCUCCGGAGAAUUCUAUCGAAGUUACCUCAUUCCAAACCAACCAUGUGUGCUUGACCAGUGGAUAACUUCCGGAUGGGAGGCGCGUGAACUCUGGUGUCAUCUUGAUGGAACAGUUAACAUACAGGCUGUCUUCAAGCACAUUCCUGAUGAUCAAGUACUUUGCGUCAGCGAUUGUUCACGCCUAGAAUUCGAUGCUCACGUCACGAUGGAAAUGACUGUCAAGGAAUUCACUCACUAUUGGGACGAUUUGCAGCCUCCAUUGGAUACAAAACUGCUUUACCUGAAAGAUUGGCACUAUUUCAGAGACAAUCCUGGACACUACUUCACACUUCCCGAUUUAUUCGCAUCCGAUUGGUUGAAUGAGUUUUGGCGGGUUCGGCGGGAUAUCACAAACGAUUACCAAUUCGUAUAUCUUGGCAAAAAUAAUACAUGGACACCUUUGCAUUCUGACGUCUAUCGCUCGUACAGCUGGUCGGCGAAUAUAUGUGGCCGGAAACGUUGGUGGUUCUUUCCCCCAGGUGAGGAAAAGAAAUUAUCGUCCAUGGGUGCGAUUCCACCGGACGUUCGCGAACUAGAGUUGGAACACAUCGGCGUGGAUUAUUGUAUUAUCGACCAGUAUCCUGGACAGGCAGUUUUCGUGCCCUCCGGCUGGUAUCAUCAAGUAGUAAAUUUGACUGAAUGUUUGUCCAUCAACCACAAUUGGUUCAACGCGGCCAAUGUGCACCAUGUGUGGGACCAUUUACAAGAGCAACUACGAUUGGUGGAGGAAUCCACGAAGGACGUGCAGGACAUUCCGGGAUGGCAUCAAGAGUGCCAAAUAUGUCUUCGUGCUCUGGCUGGAAUCGACUUCUUCGAAUUUUUCCUCAUCUUGAAAUACAUCCUCUUAACCCGAUGGCCUUCGAUAGUCUCAUCGGACGAAGUCCGUUGUGAGGAGGUACCCGGUUUGCAGGAUUUAGCCAAGUGUGAUAAAUUGAAAUCGAUCGAUGAACUCGUGAAUGCAGCCUUGCUUCACUGCUUCGAGCAAACCGCUGACGAUGCAGUACAGAUCUUACGACAAGCUGAGUCUUGCACUACGCUAAAUAUGCCCCCAUCAGAUCAUAAUCCCGGCGCACUUUCGCGAUGGAUUCGUUUGCAUGAUUUUGUGAAUGCUAUUCGCAUUAUCCGGGAAAUCAUAAGGCAUCCGGUUACGGCACAUGUGUCCAUGCUUCCAGCGGACCCGUUGCGAGCAUUUCUGUUUAACCUUUGAUAAUGAUCUUUCAUGUGUUCUUGUGCCUCCCCACGGAUUUGUUUCUGUCAUUCUACCUUUUUUAUUAUUUAUGACCUUCUGCCUAAUGUCAUGUGGAAUAAUGUAUAUUUCUCGUUCGG